AUGGGUCGAUAUCAGGAAUCGUACGGAAGCCUUUUAAUACCAUUAAUACUCAACAAACUUCCAUGUUUUGUCAGACAAAAUAUUACUCGAGACCACGGUAAUGAUGAUUGUGAUAUUUCAAGUUUACGCAAAGCUAUAAAGAAAGAAAUUUGUAUCCAAGAAGCCGCUAACGCCAAUCCGAUUGAAAUCGAUAUUAUCCCCAGCGCAUCGUUCGUGACAGGAACUACAAAUAAAAGAUGGUCAGCAGGGUCUAAAGAUUGUUACAACAAUAGUUCCGUUAAGACUAAAAGGCCAUGUUUGUUUUGUCAUAACCCGCAUCAUCCAAAUGAAUGUACAAAGAUCACCGAUAUAAACGCCCGCACCCAAAUCGUAAAGGAAAAACGAGUUUGCUUUAACUGUUUCGGUAAUCACAAGGUUUCGGAAUGCAAGUCAAAAUACAGUUGCCGAAAUUGCAGUAAGAAACAUCACAGUAGCAUCUGCCGUAAUAACUUACUGAAUGAAAACUCCACUUCAAAUGAAAAUAAAGCCGUAACAAAACCUCUCAACGAAGAGCUACAAAGUACCACAGAAACAAAGAGCGCCGCUAUGCAUUCUGCCGUUACAGCACAUAUCGAAAUUCUAUUGAAAACCGCCGUAGCGCCCGUAUGGUACCAUGAUGAAAGUGUUAUGACUAACAUUCUACUCGAUGAAGGCGCCCAUAAUUCAUUUAUUUCUCAAGAACUAGUAGAAAAACUCCAUAUCAAACCAACUGGUGUAGUAAGCAUGCAAAUUUCUGCAUUUGGCGGGAAAGAAGGUGAGGUACGCAACCUAGAGAAAGCGACAUUAUCGAUUGAGACCGAAAGAAAAGAAAGAAUUCCAAUGGAAGUAAUUAUUGUCCCAAAAAUUGCAGCAUCGAUACAUAUGAAGAAACGAGUAAACAUUAACAGCUUGUUCUAUUUACGAGGAUUACAACUUGCCCACCCAGUUACGCAGGAUAAAAAGUUUAAUAUUUCGCUUCUCGUUGGAGCAGAUUACUACUGGUCUUUAGUACAAGAUGAAAUUAUUCGAGGUGACGGACCAACAGCUGUUAAAUCCAAAAUAGGCUAUUUGCUAUCAGGACCGCUGAACACAGAUACUGAUAAUACACAAUGGAACUCUACAAUGAUGAAUGUUUUAGUGGUGCACAAACCCGAGGAGUGUAAUUUACAGAAAUUUCGGGAAAUUGAGUCGAGCGGAUUAGAGACGAAUUCUGAUGAAACCAUACAAAAUGUACAAAACCUAAUGCUUGAGUAUCAAAACUGUAGCAUAAUUUUUAAGGAAAAUAAAUAUGUCGCAAAACUACCUUGA